AGCUGGCGAAGAUUCUCCAGAAGAGGAAGGUCUACAUAACGUGUGUUCAGGAGACUAGGUGGGUAGGAUCGAAGGCAAAAAAUGCGGACGGGUAUAAGUUGUGGUACUCCGGAGGCGUGAAGGGCAAGAACGUAGUGGGUAUUUUGGUGGAUAGGGAGCUCAGAGAGUCAGUGGUAGAGGUUAAACGGGUAAACGACAGAUUGAUGGCGAUUAAGUUAGUAGUUGGAGGGAGCACUCUAAAUGUCAUUAGCGCUUACACGUCGCAAGCGGGUUUGGACGAGGAGGUUAAAAGGCGCUUCUGGGAGGCGUUGGAUGAGGUGAUGCGGGGUACUCCGACUACGGAGAAGUUAUUUAUAGGAGGGGAUUUCAAUGGUCAUAUUGGGACGUGUGCUGGUGGCUAUGGCGAGGUGCACAGUGGCUUCGACUUUGGGGAUAGGAACGGAGGAGGAACUUCACUGUUGGAUUUUGCUAGAGCUUUUGAGUUGGUGAUUGUGAACUCUAUUUUUCCGAAGAUGGAGGAGCAUUUGAUUACUUUCCGAGGUGUGGUGGCUAAGACUCAGAUUGAUUAUCUCCUCCUCAGGAGGUGUGAUAAGGGAAUGUGCGAGGAUUGUAAGGUGAUCCCGAGUGAGAACCUCGCGAUACAACAUAGGCUCCUGGUGAUGGACGUCGGUAUAUUGAUAAAGAGGAAGAAGAGGUAUGUACGGGGUCAACCGAGGAUCAGGAGUUUUGACUAA